CAGUAGGGGGAAGCAUUUGUUAUUGGCUGUCUCUGGUCCUCAAGGAUAACAUUCCGGCUCUUUGGAUUGGUCAGGCGACUGCUGCAAGAUUCUAACCAUCUUAUUUGGAUGAUAAAUAUGAAGGCAUGCUAGGGGGUGCAGGAGUGUAGUGCUCACACACCGCUACACUCCUCUCCAGGUCUCCAGCACUGACAGGCUGUGUUGCUAGCCCUGAGUGAGACAGGGGAAGAGGAAGAAAGUUGUGAUGCUUUUCUUUACUCAGUGUUUUGGGGCAGUGUUAGAUCUUAUCCACCUGAGGUUCCAGCAUUACCAGGCAAAGAGGGUCUUCUCCUCAGCUGGACAGUUGGUCUGUGUGGUUAACCCGACACAAAACUCAAAGAAUGUUACAAACAGAUGUUCAGUCCCUGAAGACUCCUCUCAACAAACCACACAUCAUCAUCGCCAUGAAACGGUCCAUGAUCCACAGCUGACUUCUUGCACUUGCCCUUUGUUCGCCUGUAAAUGGAAAGGUCACUUGGAGGUUGUUAUUGCUCAUUUGACACAAACUCAUACAAUUAACAUACUGCAUGGGACAGAAAUUGUCUUUCUUGCUACGGACAUGCAUCUUCCAGCACCUGUGGACUGGAUAAUUGCACAUUCAUGCCUGGGCCACCAUUUUUUACUUGUGCUCAGAAAAAAAGAGAAAUAUAAAGGAUACCCACAAUUCUUUGCUACAAUGAUGCUGAUUGGCACACCGACACAGGCAGAGAAUUUUAACUACAAACUGGAGUUGAGCAGGAAUCGUAGGAGACUGACGUGGGAGUCCAGUCCCCGCUCAGUCUUAGACUGUGUUGACUCCGUGAUUACAGACGGUGAUUGCCUAGUGCUUAAUGCCCCGGUGGCUCAGCUCUUUGCUGACAAUGGAAGUCUGGCCAUUGGAAUAGCAAUAACUGCAAGCAAACUUUGUGCUACUCAAACUGAAAUGUAAUAUUAUGGACAUCAAUGUACAGUAUGGAAAUACAAACUGAAGAGUUAUCUAUCUUACCUGGGCUUGUACAUAAGAGAACGGUUGUUUGGGAAGAAAUUUUUGAGUGAUGUUCUCUUUUUAAAUGUAUUUAGAUUUAGUUUCAGUGACAACUUUUUGACUUAAACUAAUAUAUCCUGUGAUGAGAUUUGUAUAUUCUAUGUGUACCAAUGUAAAUAUUUAUACAUCCAUAUAUAUGUUUGCCUGUUUAUAUAUUUUAUAGAUAUAAAGAUAAUAUCAACAUUAUCUCUACCCAGUGGGUAAUGAAAUUUGGAAAUUUAACUUCAACCAGCUUUAUUCUGCUAUAAUGUUCUUUGUUUCUGCGGUCAUUGAGGGUUAUUCAGAGUUGUUAGUAAACCAAAAAAGUUAGCAAU